AUGGGGGAUAUCAAGAUCGACAGCAAGGCCUUCCACGAUCGCCUCUCGCGAUUCACGGGCGCCUGGAAGAAUGACUUGCGCACCAAGGAUGGCGUCUUCAACGGCGCCUCGUCCAUUAUCGUCAUGAUGGGCAAGGUGGAGGAAGUACCCGAGCUGCACAAGAACAACGCCAUGCAUUUUUGGCUACUUGGCUACGAAUUUCCCACGACUAUGAUGCUGCUGACGGUCGACACGAUCUACAUUCUGACGACGGCAAAGAAGGCGAAACAUCUCGAUCAACUAAAAGGCGGCCGAUUCCCCCUCGAAGUCCUCGUCCGAGGAAAGGACGCAGCCGAAAAUGAGAAAUUGUUCGCCAAGCUGGCAGAUGCCAUCAAAUCCGCGGGCGACAAGGUUGGUACUAUUGCCAGGGACACGUCCAAGGGACCCUUCGUCGAGGAGUGGAAGAAGGUCUUCGCCGACCAAUGCAAGGGUGUAGAGGAAGUCGACAUCUCUCAAGCCCUUUCGCAGCAUGCCUUUUCGAUCAAGGACGAGACCGAACUGCGAGCUAUGCGAACCGCCUCCAAAGCCUGCGUUGCCUUGAUGACCCCCUUUUUCCUUGAGGAAAUGUCGGACAUUCUCGAUAAGGAAAAGAAGGUCAAGCACAGCGCUCUGGCGGACAAGGUUGACAAGAAGCUCGAUGAUACCAAGUUUUGGAAAACUGUCGAGCUACCCAAUAAGACCAAGCUACCCGCAGACUUAGAUCCUGCUCAGCUGGACUGGGUACUGGGCCCCUUGGUUCAGAGCGGUGGCAAGUACGAUCUCAAAAUGAAUUCGGAGAGCAACGACGAAAUCUUGCAUCCUGGCACCAUUGUCGCCGCAAUGGGCUUGCGCUACAAGUCGUACUGUUCAGCGAUCGCCCGUACGUACCUCGUUGAUCCGAAUAAGUCCCAGGAAAGCAACUACAAACUUCUUUUCAAUAUUCACAACAUGAUUCUCAAGGAGGUCCGCGAUGGCGUCGUCAUCAAGGAUGUCUAUAGCAAGGCUCUCGCUAUGAUCAAGGCCAAGAAGCCGGACUUGGAGAAGCACUUCUUGAAGAACGUCGGUUGGGGCGUUGGCUUAGAGAACAGAGACCCAACUUUGAUUCUCAACGCGAAAAACUCUCGAACUCUGAAGGACGGCAUGACGCUCGUCAUCACCACUGGUUUUAGCGACAUUGAGAAUCCCCAGCCACAGGAUAAAAACAGCAAGAUCUACUCACUUGUUAUCACCGACACGAUCCGUGUUACCUCCAGCGAUGCUGUUGUUUUCACUGGCGAGACUCCUAUCGACGCCGACUCGAAUUCCUUUUUCUUCAAGGACGAGGAAGAGGCUCAACCGACGCCGAAGAAGGAGAAGAAGGACUCCCGAGUUGGUGCUGUUGCUACGAAGAACAUCACUUCCACGAGGUUGAGAUCCGAGCGAUCUACGCAAGUCGAUGAGGAUGCUGACAAGAAGCGGCGUGAGCAUCAAAAGGAGCUGGCGGCCAAGAAGCAAAAGGAAGGUCUGGCACGAUUCUCCGAGUCGACUAGCGGCAAGAACGGCACGGAGGUGAAGAAAUUCAAGCGUUUUGAUUCAUACAAGCGUGACAAUCAAUUCCCUCCCAAGGUUCGCGAUCUGCAGAUCGUGGUUGACGCCAGGAAUGACACGGUUGUCCUGCCUGUUAUGGGCCGUCCCGUACCCUUCCACAUUAACACAAUCAAGAACGCCAGCAAGAGCGAUGAAGGCGAAUGGUCGUUCCUGCGUGUCAACUUCUUGUCACCUGGCCAGGGUGUUGGACGAAAGGAUGACCAACCUUUCGAAGACGCUUCAGCUCAUUUCGUUAGGAGCUUGACCUUCAGGUCAACGGAUGGCGACCGUUACCAAGAAAUCGCCACCCAGAUCUCGAACAUGAAGAGAGACGUGAACAAGAAGGAGCAGGAGAAGAAAGAAUUGGAGGACGUCGUUGAGCAGGAUAAGCUUGUUGAGAUCCGAAAUCGUCGCCCGGCCGUUCUUGAUAACGUCUUUAUUCGCCCGGCGAUGGAGGGUAAGCGAGUGCCUGGUAAGGUGGAAAUCCACCAGAAUGGUAUCCGCUACCAGUCGCCCCUGAGCACUCAACAGCGAGUCGACAUUCUCUUCUCCAACGUUCGCCACCUGUUUUUCCAACCUUGCCAGCAUGAGUUGAUCGUCAUCAUCCACAUUCACCUGAAGGAUCCUAUCAUGGUUGCCAACAAGAAGAAAACCAAGGAUGUUCAGUUCUACCGCGAGGCAACGGACAUCCAGUUCGACGAGACCGGAAAUCGCAAGAGGAAGUACAGGUAUGGCGAUGAAGACGAGUUCGAACAGGAGCAAGAGGAGCGUCGGCGUCGCGCUGAGCUCGACCGAUUGUUCCAGGGCUUCGCUCAGAAGAUUGCUGAGGCCGGUAAAAACGAGGGUAUCGAGGUGGAUGUGCCCAUCAGAGACCUGGGCUUCCACGGUGUGCCAUUCCGAAGCAACGUCUUUAUCCAACCUACGACCGAGUGCUUGAUCCAGGUCGUUGAGCCGCCAUUCAUGGUCGUCACAUUGGAAGACAUCGAGGUAGCCCACUUGGAGCGUGUUCAAUUCGGACUCAAAAACUUCGAUCUUGUCUUUGUUUUCAAAGACUUCACCCGGCCACCAUACCAUGUCAACACUAUUCCUGUCGAGUUCCUUGACCACGUCAAGGAAUUCUUGGACUCGUCAGAUAUUGCCUAUUCCGAGGGUCCUCUGAACCUAAACUGGCCGACCAUCAUGAAGACGGUCACCGCCGACACCCACCAGUUCUUUAUCGACGGAGGAUGGUCUUUCCUCCAAGCCGAGUCCGACGACGAGGACGCAGCAAACGAAGAGGACGAGGAGAGCAACUUCGAAAUCGACGACGACGAGCUCGAUGAGGCAUCGGAGUCAAGCGAGGAAGACUCUGAUUUUGGCUCUAAUGUGUCAGAUGAGGAAGAUGAAGCCGAGAUGAGUGACGAAGAUGAGGGUGAGGACUGGGAUGAGCUUGAGGCCAAGGCGAAGAAGCGCGAUCGGGAGAGCAAUCUUGAUGACGAAGAAAGCCGUGGCCGCAAAAAGAGGAAGCACUAA